AUGUUCUCAGAUGGUUCAGGAGACGAGUGUUUGUUUCAGAGCGACAGGAGGAAUAAAAACAGAGGAGAGAAAAAACACGGAGGAACGACUUCAUCUUCAGACGACAACCGAGAAAGAGUCCGAACACGGGAGAGGAGAAACAGAGGAGGAGAAAAGAGGAGAAACAGAGGAGGAGAAACGGAGGAGAAACAGAGGAGAAAAAACACGAAGGACCGACUUCAUCUUCAGACAAUAACCGAGAAAGAGGCCGAACACGAGAGAGGAGAAACAGAGGAGGAGAAACAGAGGAGAAACAGAGGAGAAACAGAGGAGAAACAGAGGAGAAACAGAGGAGGAGAAACAGAGGAGGAGAAACAGAGGAGAAACAGAGGAAUAAAAACAGAGGAGAGAAAAAACAGGAAGGACCGACUUCAUCUUCAGACAAUAACCGAGAAAGAGUCCAAACACAGGAGAGGAGAAACAGAGGAGGAGAAAAGAGGAGAAACAGAGGAGAAACAGAGGAGAAACAGAGGAGAAACAGAGGAGGAGAAACAGAGGAGAAACAGAGGAGAAACAGAGGAGAAAAAACAGGAAGGACCGACUUCAUCUUCAGACAAUAACCGAGAAAGAGUCCGAACACAGGAGAGGAGAAACAGAGGAGGAGAAAAGAGGAGAAACAGAGGAGAAACAGAGGAGAAAACAGAGGAGAAACAGAGGAGGAGAAAAGAGGAGAAACAGAGGAGAAACAGAGGAAAACAGAGGAGAAACAGAGGAGGAGAAACAGAGGAGAAACAGAGGAGAAACAGAGGAGGAGAAACAGAGGAGGAGAAACAGAGGAGAAAAAAGAGGAGAAACAGAGGAGAAACAGAGGAGAAAAAAGAGGAGAAACAGAGGAGAAAAAAAGAGGAGAAACAGAGGAGGAGAAACAGAGGAGAAACAGAGGAGAAAACAGAGGAGAAACAGAGGAGAAACAGAGGAGAAAAAAAGAGGAGAAAAAACACGAAGGACUGACUUCAUGUUCAGACAAUAACUGAGAAAGAGUCCGAACACGGGAGAGGAGAAACAGAGGAGGAGAAAAGAGGAGAAACAGAGGAGAAACAGAGGAGGAGAAACAGAGGAGAAACAGAGGAGAAAAAACACGAAGGACCGACUUCAUCUUCAGACGACAACCGAGAAAGAGUCCGAACACAGGAGAGGAGAAACAGAGGAGGAGAAAAGAGGAGAAACAGAGGAGAAACAGGAGGAGAAACAGAGGAGAAACAGAGGAGGAGAAAAGAGGAGGAGAAACAGAGGAGAAACAGAGGAGGAGAAACAGAGGAGAAAAAAAGAGGAGAAACAGAGGAGAGAAAAAACAGGAAGGACCGACUUCAUCUUCAGACGACAACCGAGAAAGAGUCCGAACACAGGAGAGGAGAAACAGAGGAGGAGAAACAGAGGAGAAACAGAGGAGAAACAGGAGGAGAAACAGAGGAGAAACAGAGGAGGAGAAAAGAGGAGGAGAAACAGAGGAGAAACAGAGGAGGAGAAACAGAGGAGAAAAAAAGAGGAGAAACAGAGGAGAGAAAAAACAGGAAGGACCGACUUCAUCUUCAGACGACAACCGAGAAAGAGUCCGAACACAGGAGAGGAGAAACAGAGGAGGAGAAACAGAGGAGAAACAGAGGAGAAAAAAGAGGAGAAACAGAGGAGAAACAGAGGAGAAACAGAGGAGGAGAAACAGAGGAGGAGAAACAGAGGAGAAAAAACAAGAAGGACCGACUUCAUCUUCAGACAAUAACUGAGAAAGAGUCUGAACACAGGAGAGGAGAAACAGAGGAGGAGAAACAGAGGAGGAGAAACAGAGGAGAAACAGGAGGAGAAGAAGGGGAGAAAAGAGGAGAAACAGAGGAGAAACAGAGGAGGAGAAACAGAGGAGAAACAGAGGAGAAACGGAGGAGAAAAAAGAGGAGAAACAGAGGAGAAAAAGAGGAGGAGAAACAGAGGAGAAACAGAGGAGAAACAGAGGAGAAAAAAAGAGGAGAAACAGAGGAGAAAAAGAGGAGAAAAAAGAGGAGAAACAGAGGAGAAACAGAGGAGAAAAAAAGAGGAGAAAAAGAGGAGAAAAAGAGGAGAAACAGAGGAGAAAAAAGAGGAGAAACAGAGGAGAAAAAAAGAGGAGAAAAAGUGGAGAAAAAAAGAGGAGAAACAGAGGAGAAAAAAAGAGGAGAAACUACAAAAACUAAAAAGUUAUUCUCAAGUUUAUCUUUGUUCAAUCGGAGGAUCUCAGCCACAAACAAAAAACAGUAAACUGCUGUAAAAACCUGGACGGUCCUUCACUCAGAGAUGAAAACUAAGAACUUUAAAAACAACAAAUCAGCUGAUCCUGUAAAAACAGCUGAUCCUGUAAAAACAGCUGAUCCUGUAAAAACAGCUGAUCCUGUAAAAACAGCUGAUCCUGUAAAAACAGCUGAUCCUGUAAAAACAGCUGAUCCUGUAAAAACAGCUGAUCCUGUAAAAUCAGCUGAUCCUGUAAAAACAGCUGAUCCUGUAAAAACAGCUGAUCCUGUAAAAACAGCUGAUCCUGUAAAAACAUCGUUGUUAACGGUAACCUGCUGUAUCUACAGAUUCACACUCAGAUGUUUCCUGAGGACAGACCUGACGGUCCACGUAGACCUCCUCGCAGACAGACAGGUGUGCAGGUGUUUAUCAGAUCAUGUUGGUUCUGAUCCUAACGGGUCGUCUGAGCAGGUCGUGGUCAGGAGAGUUUGUGUUGACCCGGUCGGUGGUUCUAGAUUCAGAGUGACCGCUCGUCCACACACUCCUCCUCCGUCAGUCAUGUGACUCGGUCAGAAAGUUGGAGCGGUUCUUCCUGAAGUCUUCUUCUCUGUCGGCGUACCUGGACCUCCUCCGCCCUCCAUCUGGCAGCAGCUGAGAGCGUCACGUCGAGCUCUGAUGGCGUCCAGGCUCGGUCAUCCUCCCUCAUCAGCGCCGUCUGUCAGGACGCCGUCGCCCGCAGCUCAUCAAGAGCCUCGCUGCGGCUCUCUGCGGCGUGCUGGGCGCCUUCACAGGAGAAAACGGGAGAAAACACUUCGCAGCGGCGCCUGACUGAGCGUCUGUCAGUCAGCGGAGAAUCUGCAGACAUCAGAGGCGGUGAGAGAACGUCAGGAUCAGGAGACAGACCGAAGACUCGGGACAUGAGGGUCCAACUACUCCACGUAUGUCUCAUGUUACAAAAACACGUUCAGUUCUCAUUUACACCAACAUGGCGAUACAAGAUGGCGGCCUCCGUGGAGGAGGACCUGCUGGUCUGGAGGCAGAAAAAUCUCCAUGUCACUAAAAACUGA